AAUGCGCCGAGUCCCGGUCCCCCUCCUCCCCUUGCCGCUGGAGCGGUGCAUUGUGGAGGGAGCCCGCGUCCCGCCGCCGCUGAGGAAGCCUCCUGCCCUCGGGAAGCGCCUCAGCUGGGAGCUGUCCAAGGUGUCGGGGCCCCUGCGACACCCCCGCCCGCUCCUGCGCCCCGGCCCUCUCGCCUCCUCCCGCCCUGUCCGCGGCGCCCGGCCGGAGACGAGCAUGGUGUUUGCUCCAGGUGAGAAAUCUGGAAAUGAACAAGAAGAAGUUGCGCUGCAGAAUGCCAGCAAACAGAUUGUGCAAACUGCCAUCCUGCAGGCCGUUCAGCAAGUCUCUCAGGAGAGCCAACAAAAGGAGAAGAGAGUAAACAGCAGUGUGAGUCUGCAGUUAGAAAGAGGGGAAUUAACCAAGAAGCAUGAAAAGAAGUAAAAGAGUGAACUACUUGUUUUGGUCCUCCAGUUGGCAGUAUCUCCAGCUUUCCUCUUAGUAUGAGCUGUGUUGCCAGUGCAAUGUUACUACGUAAAGCAAACCAAAGUAUAAUCAGCACCUAGACAUAGAGUAAAGCUGCAAUAGUCCUCAAUUGAGAAAUAUUAAGUGCAUUAGGUGACUAACUUCAUAUUUAUGCAGUGCCUCUUAAACAUAAUGAACAAAAAUACUAUAGCUAUAAAAUAGUUUCAAGCACAAUCUCUUCUUAAGGGAUGGUUUUAUAUGCAAAAGCUUAUUGCUAGUGCACUUCUGUAUGAAUCUUAUGUGCAUCAUUUGUGUUUGUUCAAUUGGCAGAUAUCUCCACUGAGUUACAGAUUUUACUAGGGAUUGGCUAUGUCAAUGAAACAAUAUAUUGUAGCGUGUAGGAGAUGCGCUUUCAGGCUCCUUGAAACACGAGUUUGUGUUUUAUUUGGAUAGAAUGUGGGAUGUACAAAAUA